UGUGUAGCAGGCGGCUCGAUCUGGCCCAGCCAUGGACCGGAAGGUGGCCCGAGAAUUCCGGCACAAGGUGGAUUUUCUGAUUGAAAAUGAUGCAGAAAAGGACUAUCUCUAUGAUGUGUUGCGGAUGUACCACCAGACCAUGGACGUGGCCGUGCUUGUGGGAGACCUGAAGCUGGUCAUCAACGAGCCCAGCCGCCUGCCCCUGUUUGAUGCCAUCAGGCCUCUGAUCCCACUGAAACACCAAGUGGACUACGACCAGCUGACUCCCCGGCGCUCCAGGAAGCUGAAAGAGGUGCGUCUGGACCGGCUGCAUCCUGAAGGCCUCGGCCUCAGUGUGCGUGGUGGCCUUGAGUUCGGCUGCGGGCUCUUCAUCUCCCACCUCAUCAAAGGCGGCCAGGCAGACAGCGUCGGGCUCCAGGUAGGGGACGAGAUCGUCCGGAUCAAUGGGUAUUCCAUCUCCUCCUGCACCCACGAGGAGGUCAUCAACCUCAUCCGCACCAAGAAGACUGUGUCCAUCAAAGUGAGACACAUUGGCCUGAUCCCUGUGAAGAGCUCUCCUGACGAGCCCCUCAAAUGGCAGUAUGUGGAUCAGUUUGUGUCAGAAUCUGGGGGUGGGCGGAGCAGCCUGGGCUCCCCCGGCAGUCAGGAAAACAAGGAGAAGAAGGUUUUCAUCAGCCUGGUGGGCUCCCGGGGCCUUGGCUGCAGCAUUUCCAGCGGCCCUACCCAGAAACCUGGCAUCUUCAUCAGCCACGUGAAGCCUGGCUCCUUGUCUGCCGAGGUGGGGCUGGAGACAGGGGACCAGAUUGUCGAAGUCAAUGGCAUUGACUUCUCUAACCUGGACCACAAGGAGGCCGUGAACGUGCUGAAGAGUAGCCGCAGCCUGACCAUCUCCAUCGUAGCUGGAGCUGGCCGGGAGCUGUUCAUGACAGACCGGGAGCGGCUGGCAGAGGUCCGGCAGCGUGAGCUGUGGCGGCAGGAGCUCCUGAUGCAGAAGCGGCUGGCGAUGGAAUCCAACAAGAUCCUCCAGGAGCAGCAGGAGAUGGAGCGGCAAAGGAAAAAGGAAAUUGCCCAGAAGGCAGCAGAGGAAAAUGAAAGAUACCGGAAGGAGAUGGAGCAGAUCAUGGAGGAGGAAGAAAAGUUUAAGAAGCAGUGGGAAGAAGACUGGGGCCCAAAGGAACAGCUGCUGUCACCGAAAACCAUCACCGCCGAGGUGCACCCAGUACCCCGUCACAAGCCAAAGUAUGAUCUGGGAGUGGACCCCGAGUUUGACCCAGCAGAUGACCUGGACGGAGGCUCGGAAAAGCAGGGAGAGCAGGAUUUCCGGAAAUAUGAGGAAGGCUUUGACCCCUACUCCAUGUUCACCCCAGAACAGAUCGUAGGAAAGGAUGUCCGGCUCCUGCGCAUUAAGAAGGAGGGAGCCUUAGACCUGGCCCUGGAAGGCGGUGUGGACUCCCCGAUCGGGAAGGUGGUCAUCUCGGCUGUUUACGAGGGUGGAGCCGCUGAGCGGCACGGUGGCAUUGUGAAAGGGGAUGAGGUCAUGGCCAUCAAUGGCAAGAUCGUGACGGACUACACCCUGGCUGAGGCUGAGGCUUCCCUGCAGAAGGCCUGGAAUCAGGGGGACUGGAUGGACCUCGUCAUUGCCGUCUGUCCCCCCAAGGAGUAUGACGAUGAGCUGACCUUCUUCUGAAGUUCAGAGGAGACACCAAAUUCACCCCUAGAAGCUCUGGACCCACCCUCCUGAACACCAUGCCUGGAGCCGGCUGAGACACACCAGCCAGCAGGCUCCCUGGAAACCCACAGCUGGCACCCAGAGAUAGAAAAAUUCCCUCUGGCCCUGAAGUAGGGCUGCAUAAGGAACACCUUGGGCCUCCUUUCUGAAGGCCAACAUGGAAUGAGGGAGCAGCCAGGUGUUCUGAAGAGGCCCCUGUGAUCUAGACUCUCUUGUCCUUCCUCUGGCGCUGUGAAUCUAGGAGACUCCCCCCUUGAACUCUACUAGGACCUAACUCUUGGGUCUCUCUCUCCAUCCCUCUCCUCUCCUGCUCUCAUGGCUGCUAAGAUUGAUGCCACAAUCUUACCCUGAACUCAUUAAUAAAAUAAACAAACUUCUUU